UCUGCCCUUUUCUCAUUUGUCCAGAUUACCUCUCUCUCUCUCUCUCUCUCUCUCUCUCUCUCUCUCUCUAGUUUCACCUCUUGAAGGAGAAGAAGAAGAAGAAGAAGAGAAGAAAUACAUAUAGAGAUAUACAUACACUGACAUAUAGAACCUAUGACAAGCUUUGGUGCAGGCCUUGAAUUUGGGGUCUGGAGCUUCAUUUUUAUGUUUAACUUCAGAUGAGAAGAAACAUGGGAGAAGAAGAAGGACUCUGGUUGUCGAGAUUGAUUGAUUGAUUGAUUGAUUGAUGUCCGAGGAAGACUCUCCAUUCGGAUUAUCAAACUAACAUAUGACCAAGUUGCCUUUGGUUGAAGAUAUUAUAGAUUCGACCUCCUCUGUUGCAGCUGCUCCUCCAUGUAAUAACAACCCUACCGAUAAUGGAGUCGUGAUGAGAAUUGAAUCCAAAGACAGUCAAGACAACACCGGUGUCUUAAUUAGGGCAGCCGCCGCCGUUGCCGCCGAUCGUGAUGCGGCGGCCGAGGUUCCGUUUUCCGGCAUUGUAGAUUCUCGAUUCGCAACCGCUUUAUGCAUCGAGGACGAUUGCAUAGGCUUGGAGGCUAAUACAGAGUCCUUACAUAGUAAUAAUAAGACCGCCAGCGGCGGCGUUUCUCAUAAGUCGCCGGCGGGAGACGGCGGGGAGGCUGCCGGUGGCGGUCGAGAGCCCCGGAGAACGUUCUCGACGUCGAUUCUAGAAGUUUCCGAUGAAAUGAAAAUAUCGAAACAAGUUUUCCCUUCCGAUCCGCGGCCUCUUUGGGGGACGGCGUCGAUCUGCGGGAGGCGGCAAGAAAUGGAAGACUCCAUCGUCGCCGUCCCGCGAUUCUCGAAGAUCUCGGCCCAAAUGCUGAGCUGCCGCGACCAAGACAAGCUUAGCCCCGCCGGUCGGGACUUAACAGGACACGUUUUCGGAGUUUACGACGGGCACGGCGGGUGUCAGGUAGCCGAGUAUUGUCGGGAUCGUCUACACGUUGCAUUAGCCGAAGAGAUUAACGUCGCGAACAACACUUCUUCGGACGUUACCGAAUUGAAAGAGCGGUGGCUGCGAGUGUUCACGAAAUGUUUUCGUCGUUUGGACAACGAGGUCGGAGGAUUCCUCGAAGACGGUCCCGACGACGAUCCUCCGGUUUGGCCCGUCGCGCCGGAGUCGGUGGGGUCCACGGCCGUCGUUGCUGUCGUUUGCUCGACCCACAUUAUCGUCGCGAAUUGUGGCGAUUCGAGAGCUGUCCUUUACCGCGGGAAAUCACCGAUUCCGUUGUCCGAAGACCAUAAACCGGAACGAGAAGACGAAUACGCGAGAAUAGAAGCUUCCGGAGGCAAGGUCAUAAAUUGGGACGGAUAUCGCGUCUCGGGUGUUCUUGCAGUGUCGAGAUCCAUUGGCGAUAGAUACUUGAGGCCAUAUGUGAUUGCGGAUCCGGAGAUAACGAUAAUGCCACGCGCCAAAGAAGACGAGUGCCUUGUAUUAGCGAGCGACGGGUUGUGGGACAUAAUUACGAACGAGGAGGCUUGUGAUUUGGCGCGAAAGCGAAUACUUCUAUGGCACAAAAAGAACCCGAACGGCUGCGGCGGUGACGACGGCGGCGAGAAUGGCGAUGCGGCGGCGCAGGACGCAGCGGAGUAUUUGUCGAAGGUGGCGUACCGGAGAGGGAGCCGAGACAAUAUAUCUGUGAUAGUUGUGGAUUUGAAAGCGCAGAGGAGGGUCAAGAAGAAGGGCUGAUUAUUAUUAUUAUUAUGAAGAUGAAAACGAUGUAUGUAAUAACAGUUUGUUGUUCAUGUUCUUCUUCUUGGCUGACUGUUGCUUACAAGAUCUUGUUCAUCA